UAGUAAUCAAUAAAAUUUUAUACACAUAGUAUAAAUAAUGAUGCACCACUUCACGUUUUUAUGAUUUUAUAGAAAAUAGUUGAAUUUGAGGAUUUCGUAGCUAAAAUUCACAAACAAACACGCAGUGAGAUGAUUACUUCGUUGGUGUCUCCUGUAACAUUUUUAGUAUAAGCUUUUAUUUUAUUUGUUUUAUAUUAAUACAUGAUUUCAAUACACAUUGUUUAAAGAUCUAAGAGGGUUUCAAAAGGGUGUUUCUGAAAAUUUUGAAGGUGUGAAAAAUGGAACAAGAUAUGGAAGAUAUUGAGUGUCAAACAAUUUAUAAAGAGACAUUGGAGGAAGAACCACCUGCUGAUAUCUUGCACAAUAGAAAACGUCCCGUAAUUCUUAAGUUUGAUGAUGUUGUGUACAAAAUAAAGGCAAAUAAAGGUGGACUAUUUAAGAAAAACAAAAAAGUAGAAGAGAAAGUGAUCCUAAAAGGAGUAACAGGAAUUGUUAAACCAGGUGAAAUGCUAGCAAUGUUAGGUCCAUCAGGAAGUGGAAAAACAACUUUGUUAACAGCAUUAGGUGGAAGACUUGGUGGAAAACUUUAUGGAAACAUAACAUACAAUGGAAAAACCUUUUCAAAUGUUAUAAAAAGAAACACAGGUUUUGUCACACAAGAUGAUGUUCUUUACCCUCACUUAACAGUAACUGAAACACUUGUGUUCACAGCACUUCUUAGAUUACCAAACAGUGUCACAAAAGAUGAAAAAGUUUUGCAUGCUAAAAAUGUUAUUGACCAACUUGGUUUAACAAAGUGCAAAGAUAGCAUUGUUGGAAGUGCUUAUUUGAGAGGUGUUUCUGGUGGAGAGAGGAAAAGGGUUAGUAUUGGACAAGAAUUGCUUAUAAAUCCUAGUUUGUUGUUUCUUGAUGAACCAACUUCUGGUUUAGAUUCAACUACUGCACAGAGAAUUGUGUCAACUUUGUGGGAUUUAGCUAGUGGUGGAAGGACUAUUGUGAUGACUAUACAUCAACCUUCAAGUAGGUUAUAUUAUAUGUUUCAUAAAGUUUUGUUGCUUGCUGAAGGAAAUCCUUUGUUUUUUGGUAAAGGGUCUGAUGCUAUUGAAUACUUUUCAAAUAUUGGUUAUUCUCCUGCUAUGGCUAUGAACCCUUCUGACUUCCUUUUGGAUCUUGCAAAUGGUAUUUACACUGAUGACAUGAAUCAAGACCAUACCGUAGACAAACAAAAAUUGAUUUCAGCAUUUAAGAGCAACUAUGAUGCACAGUUAAAGCCAGAACAAGAAGAAAUCAAUGACUCUGAUUUAAGUGAGGGUAAAUUUCAAGAAACAGGUUCUGGAAAAUGGCCUACAAGCUGGUCACAGCAAUUCUUUGUACUUUUAAGAAGAGAUGUGAAAGAGAGAAAGUAUGAAUCAUUCUCUGGCCUAAGGAUUGCUCAGAUCCUUGUGGUUGCACUUAUUGCAGGACUACUUUGGUAUAAAUCUAAUCUUUCACACUUGCAGGAUCAGAUAGGACUUCUAUUCUUCAUAACAGGCUUUUGGGGUUUCUUCCCUCUCUUCCAAGCAAUCUUCACCUUCCCUCAAGAACUAAUGAUGCUAGAAAAAGAAAGAUCCUCAGGAAUGUACAGACUCUCAUCCUACUUCAUUUCAAGAAUGGUAGCUGACCUACCAAUGGAACUAGUCCUCCCUACAAUCUUCAUUCUCAUAACAUAUUUUAUGACAGGUCUCAAAGCAACAGUGAUAAACUUCUUUCAAACACUUUUCACCCUCUUACUCAAUGUGUUAGUUGCACAAGGACUAGGACUUGCACUUGGUGCUCUUGUGCUUGAUCAAAAAUCAGCUACAACACUUGCAUCAGUCAUCAUGCUAUGUUUCUUACUUGCUGGUGGAUUUUAUGUUCAAAAUGUUCCAAAGUUUAUAUCUUGGGUUAAGUAUAUAUCUAUUAGCUACUACACUUAUCAACUAUUUCUUGGGUCACAAUAUCAUAGUGGUGACACAUACCCUUGUUCUAAUGGUCACUGUCCUAUUGAAGAGUUUCCUCCUAUAAAGCAAAUGGGGUUUCAAUUGAAUGGUGAAGGUUUGGCUGCAUUGGCUCUUGUUUUAAUGUUAAUUGGUUAUAGACUUAUUGCUUAUUUUGCUCUUAUGAGGAUUGGAGUCACUAAGAAAUUGGCCUAGGCUAAUUUUUUUUAUUAGUAUUUAGCUUUUUUUUUUUAAUUGGUGGAUUUUGUUUUUGGUGGGCAGAGCAAUAUAUGACACAUGUAUUUGAUUGGUUAUUACUAUUCAAUAUUAUAUGACAUGAUAUUAUGUUGCUUUUAUUCA